CCAUUCAACUGUCAAAGAGAAAAACUGGGAUUACCAGCGGUGCAGUGGCAUCUAUUGAUUUUUGGAAAAGUGGAUAAAGUUGUAAUAAAUCUCUUGUAGAGUGACAAUUUGCCGUGGAUUGUACCCUACAUGCGUACCCUACAAAAUGAGUGGAAGUAAUCGUGGAAAUUUCAGUUUCUCAUUGCGACGUCCGGGCCAGCUUUCGGGCGCAUUCUCGGGCCGACCGCAACAACAGCAGCAAUCACAGCAACAGCAACAACAACAACAACAGAAAAGUUUCUCUUUAAAUGCUGUUCCUCCGCCGAGUUCGUUAUGCGGACGAGGAUCUGGGUUUGCGCCACCCAAAUCCUUCAACCCGGACAGUGGAGUAUCAAAACACGGCUACCAUACGAUGGAUGCCAUCGCAGCUUACUCAAAUCCUUCUUCACAAUAUACGCUGUUCAAGAGACGCGGUAAAACUGAAGACGACUACUUCGAGGAAGAGGAAGAGCCGGCUCCCCAGCUGGAAUAUAUUCCGGCACCAGGUUCUCCCUCGGCAAGUGGAUCGCAAGAUAACAAACGAGCCGGUAAUAAAUCGGAUGAUAACGACGAAGAUGAUGAGGACGAUGCGGAUCCGUUAGAUGCGUUCAUGGCUGGAAUCGAAGCCCAGGUAGAGCGGGAGAAGAAAAAGAUCCCGUUGCCGAAUGUUGAUCCGAAGAAAGGGGUCCGGCAUGACAUCGACGACGAGGACAAUGAGGAGAGUUACUAUCGUUAUAUGGAGGAAAACCCAAAUGCUGGCGUUCUGGACGGGGAUGGUUCCGACGCAGAGCUGGAGUACGAUGAGGAUGGAAAUCCUAUUCCGCCUGUAAGGAAGCGCGACAUCGAUCCUCUGCCACCGAUCUACCAUUCGGAAAUCGAGUACGACAAAUUCGAGAAAAAUUUCUAUAUUCCACACGAAGACAUUCUUGGUUUGAGCGUGAUAAAGACCGAAGAGUUGAGGAAGAAAUUGGGCGUGAAAGUGAGCGGUCCACUUCCGCCGGCACCGGUUACCAGUUUUGCGCACUUCGGUUUUGACGAAUCGCUCAUGAAGGCCAUUCGUAAGUCGGAAUACACGCAACCGACGCCGAUCCAGGCGCAAUCCGUUCCGGCUGCACUGAGUGGUCGUGAUAUCAUUGGUAUUGCCAAAACGGGCAGUGGUAAGACGGCUGCUUUCCUGUGGCCGAUGUUGGUUCAUAUUAUGGACCAGAAAGAGCUCGGGCCUGGGGAUGGUCCAAUCGGGCUGAUAUUGGCGCCAACUCGAGAACUGUCGCUACAGAUUUAUCAGGAAGCGAAGAAGUUUGGAAAGAUUUAUAACAUCAGCGUGUGUUGCUGCUAUGGUGGCGGGUCGAAAUGGGAGCAAAGUAAAGCUCUGGAACAGGGGGCGGAGAUUGUGGUGGCCACCCCUGGUCGCAUGAUUGAUAUGGUCAAAAUGAAAGCGACCAAUUUGAAACGUGUAACAUAUUUGGUGCUGGAUGAAGCGGAUAAAAUGUUUAAUAUGGGCUUCGAACCCCAAGUUCGUUCCAUCUGUAAUCAUGUCCGCCCGGACCGGCAAACGUUGCUAUUCAGUGCGACUUUCAAAAAACGAAUCGAACGAUUGGCUCGUGAUGUACUGACCGAUCCGGUAAGGAUCAUGCAUGGUGAUCUAGGUGAGGCUAACCAAGACGUUACUCAGCAUGUUAUCGUGUUCCAUAACCCAACGCACAAAUGGAGCUGGCUUUUGGAGAAGAUGGUUCAGCUUCUGUCUGAAGGAAGCGUGUUGAUUUUCGUAACGAAGAAAGCUGAUGCUGAUCAGGUUGCGAAUAAUCUCAAAUUGAAAGAAUACGAUCCGGUAUUGUUACACGGUGACAUGGAUCAAGCGGAUCGUAACACAGUAAUCACUCAAUUCAAGCGUCGCGAGGUGGAUAUAAUGGUGGCUACCGACGUGGCAGCUCGUGGUCUCGAUAUUCCCCACAUUCGGAAUGUGAUUAACUAUGAUAUUGCCCGCGAUAUUGAUACCCACACCCAUCGUAUCGGUAGAACCGGUCGCGCCGGCGAGAAAGGCACCGCGUACACAUUGGUGACGGAUAAGGAUAAAGAAUUCGCGGGGCACUUGGUGCGGAAUCUGGAGGGUGCUAAUCAGGAGGUUUCGGAUGAGCUGAUGAAACUUGCCAUGCAGAGUUCAUGGUUCCGAAAUUCACGAUUCAAGCAAAACAAUAAAGGUAAAAAUAUGAACGUUGGCGGGGCGGGCCUUGGUUUCCGUAGCCGACCGGUCCCAAGUGGUCCACUGAAACCAUCUGAUGGAUCGUCUUCUUCCUCGGCGGAUGCUGGCGGUGGCGUAAAUACCACCAGUAAAGGACCAGCAACGGAUCGAUUCACCGCAAUGCGAGAAACGUUUAAAGCACAAUACAAUGCACAAUUCAAAGCAUCUUCCGAUCGAACCUGGGAGAACACGAUCCCAGAGGGAGGAGUGUUUGCGAAGCCGGCAAUGCAAGGCUUCGUAGCGGCAUCAUGUGACGAUCAGAAGGGUCGUCCGGAACAGCAGCAGGAGCAUCAGCAACAAGAAGGCGAGGAAAGACCGAGAAAGAAGAAAAGCAGGUGGAAUUAGGUAAUUCAUCGGAAGGUUAUUUGCAUAUAGGACAAAAUCGAAUGCGACUCCGUCAUAGUUUCUGUGUCUCCAUGUUUCUUGGUAUGAUUUGAAAAGUUCGAAGUGUCAGUUCUGUGCACUCAAUUCCGCGUAUGAUACGAUAAUGGCGUAUUAUCGGUGUUUAGAAUACAAAAUAAAUAAUUCUCCAGGAUCA